AGAGAGAGAGAGAGAAAGGGAGCCAGAGUUGCAGCUCCGACAACUCUGCUCUAGGUGUAGAGCGGCAGUCUUCGUCGUCGUCGUCGCUAGCCGCCCCCUCCCUCACACUAGGGCACGCUGACGCCUGGUCUCUCAACUCAAUGAUGAAGAGCAGCUUGAUCCGAGCGCCCGACGAGGAGGAAGCGGCGGUCUUGGUGCCGCCUCCGGCAGCCGGCGCGGUCCCGUGCAAGGUCGUCGACGACGACAACGCUGCUCUGGGCGUAGAGUGGCAGUCUUCUUCUUCUUCGUCGUCGUCGUCGCCAGGCGGCGCAACGAAGAAAGCGUGGUGGUGGACGGCGCUUCUGUCGCCGACGACGGGCGCCGUCGGGAUGGUGAUCGGCGGCCUCGUGGUGCUCGCGCUGCUCGUCGGCACCACAUGGAUCGACCUCGACGCUUCCUUCCUGCCGGGCAAAGGCCGCGGCAGCAUCAGCCGGCGUGGGCAACAUCCUCCUCGCCGCCACCGCUCAUCACCGCUCGUGCCCAUACCAUUCAGCUGCGGCAAUUCGUCCUCCACGCCACAAUGCCGGCGCGGCAUGCCGCCACCGUCAGCAGCACCGUUCACAUCGCCCGAACAACCCACGGCGCCGCCACCGUCGUGCCCCGACUACUUCCGGUACAUCCACUCGGACCUCGAGCGGUGGCGCGACUCCGGUAUCACGAGGGAGGCGGUGGAGCGCGCGCAGCCGAAGGCUGCGUUCCGGCUGACUGUGGUGUCCGGCCGCGCGUACGUGGAGACGUACCACCGCGUGUUCCAGACGCGGGACGUGUUCACGCAGUGGGGCAUCCUGCAGCUGCUCGCCCGCUACCCCGGCCGCGUCCCGGACGUCGACAUCAUGUUCAACCUCGAGGACAUGCCGGAGUUCCGCGCCGCCGACUACCCGGACCCUGCCACCGCGCCGCCGCUCUUUCGGUACUGCAAGGACGGUUCCUCGCUCGAGGUCCUCUGGCCUGACUGGUCCUUCUGGGGCUGGUCCGAGGUGAACAUCCGCCCGUGGGCGCCGCUCAUCGAGGAGGUCGGCGAGGAGAACGCGCACCUUCCGUGGCAGGACCGGGAGCCCUACGCGUUCUGGAAGGGGAACCCCGGCGUGUCGGAAGCGCGCCGCGACCUCUUCCGGUGCAACAACGACUCCGCCACCGGCAAGGAGUGGAACGCGCGGCUGUUCGCGCAGGACUGGGUCGCCGCCAUACGGAACGGCUUCAAGGACUCCAACCUGGCGAAGCAGUGCCGGUACAGGUACAAGAUCUACGUGCAAGGCCGGUCGUGGUCGGUGAGCGAGAAGUACAUCCUCGCCUGCGACUCGCCCAUGCUGGCCAUCGACACGCCGUUCAGGGACUUCUUCUCCCGGGGACUCGUCGCCGGCAAGCACUACUGGCCCAUCGACCCUGCAGACAAGUGCCGCGCCGUCAAGUUCGCCGUCGACUGGGGGAACUCGCACCCGGAGCAGGCGAUGCGGAUCGGCCAGGAGGGAAGCGGGUUCGCCAGGGAGGACAUGAGCAUGGAGUACGUGUACGACUACAUGCUGCACGUGCUCAAGCAGUACGCCGCCCUGCUCCGGUAUAGGCCCACCGUGCCGGAGAAGGCCGUGGAGCUUUGCCCCGAGUCCCUGGCAUGCCCCGCCCAAGGUCGGGACAGGGAGUUUAUGAUGCAGUCCAGGGAGAGGUACGUCGCCACCUAUGAGCCCUGCACGCUGCCGCCGCCGUUCACGGCCGAGGAGGUCACGAGGAUGGCCGCCAGAGAAGAGGAUGUGCGAAGGAAAGUAGCCAAGAUGGAGGGGAGGUAGAAGGUAGAAGCUCAAAGCUACCAGCCCAGCUGCGACGGUACCAAGACAAUUUGAUUUAGGUUUUUGCUGUUUCUAGUACUCCCUUCUAUGUAUAAUAAAUGUCAUAAUUUUAGCUUAAAUUUAAAUUAAAACUACUCCCUCCGUUCCUUUUUAAUUGACUCAAAUUUAGUACAAAGUUGUACUAAAUCUGAGUCAAUUAAAAAAGAACGGAGGGAGUACAAUAUUUCUAAGUCGAUGCUAAGAAACAUUCCAUCCGGAGAUUAAGAUUCGAACGGAAUUUUCAUCAAUUGCUUAACAUGUGUA